UUUUGUUAGAUUGGGUGAACGUGCAAGAUGAAGGGAAGAGAAGUUGAGUGCAGUUGAAGUGAAAAAAGGGGCGAUCCGCAACUUACGUUGUUGAACGGAGCACGCUCCCAAUGUUCUGUCCCAACUUCUUCUCUCUGUCAUUCUAUAACUACCCAUUAUCGUCCAAAUGCUUUUCUUCUCAGUUUCAUUCACAUCCUCCUUCAGGUUGUAGCUGUUUGCUAAUUUAAUAAAGGAUUCUUGUAGUUGUUGUUAUUGAAUUCAGAUGAAGACUGGAUCGAUGAUUUUUUCGUUAUUGCAACUACCUAGAUGCAGAAUACAUAGCUUAGCUAAUUAUUGGGGUGAAACCUUCCCCAGCUUCAGUAACCCUCAAAAUAAUUCUAGCAUCAGGCUGCUUAGUUCUAGAAUCAAUGGGCUUCAGGAAGGGCACAGAAAGAAGUGGACUCGAAGACCUAUAACUACAAACACAGAAGGCAAGGGGGGCACCAAAUCAAGAAGUACCAAGCAUGAAAUUUUAAGUGAAACUACUUUGACAAGUUCCACAGUAAGUGUAAAUAAAACACAGCUAGGUGAAUUCCAGGAUAUUCAGUACUGUGACGUUAAAGAGAUUGCUCAGAAAAAGAACUUGUCUAGCCUAGUCACUGUUAUUGCUUUUGAUAUUGAGACCACCGGGUUCGGCGCUAAGAAUCAUAGGAUCAUUGAGAUUGCACUUAGAGACCUUCAGGGUGGUGAAAAUAGCACCUUCCAAACUCUUGUAAAUCCUCAACGCUAUGUUCCUAAUUCAGAUGUUCACGGCAUUACUAAUCAGAUGGUGAACAGCCCUGACGUUCCAAGGAUGGAGGACCUUAUUCCAAUCUUGUUGCACUAUGUUCGAAGCCGUGAGAAACCUGGGGGAUAUGUAUUGUGGGUUGCUCAUAAUGCUCGCAGCUUUGAUGUACCCUUCUUCAUCAAUGAGUUAGGUCGUUCUUCUGUCAAGAUUCCUAGUAAUUGGCUAUUUUUGGACACCCUUCCUUUAGGUCGUGAACUAAUGAUGAAGUUGAAGGCGGAGUCUGAAGCCUUAACUUUUUACGGUGUCCCAGAGAAAAAACCUCCAGCAAACCUUGCUGCCCUCUGUGAGCACUACAAUGUUAAACUAAAUGGAGCAGCUCACAGAGCCAUGGUGGAUGUGGACGCAUUGUCUGUAAUCUUUUCCAGGUUGACUUUUGAUCUGAAACUGACCCUAUCUGACCUUGUCGAAAAAUCAUUCCAAGAAUCAGAUAUUACCAAGAAGAAGAAGAAUUCAGACUAGUUUUCUGACAGUGUUUUUUGCAUUCAUGUUGUGACAAACAUAAAUUAUUUGUAACAAAAAAUGUACUUCUGAAGUUACUUGUAAUUGUUAACCUAUUAUUCUUUAAUGAAAUCUCAUUACCAUGCUCAAAA